AUGACCUCGAAACCCCCCAUCGUCGGCGGCUGCUACUGCGGCAAAAUCCGGUACCAAACCACCGGCCCAAUCUACGGCCUCAGCUACUGCUACUGCCGCAUGUGCCGGCUCGUGCACGGCGCCCCCUUUGCCCCUUUCACAAACGUCAAGCGCGAGCAUUUCCAGUGGCUCAGCAAGGACGGCCUCGUCGAGCUGAAUCUAUCCAAGUACGGCACCCGCACGGUCUGUGGCUCGUGCCAUGCGCCCAUCUCAAUGGUGUAUCAUGCGAAGAGCAAUGAGGUCGGACUUGUUGCUGUGACGAUUAAUGAAGAGGAGUCGGCGAUGGAAGUGCCGGAGGUUCAGGAGCAUAUUUUUGUAAGCAGGAAGCCGAGGUGGUACACCAUUGGCGAUAGUGCACCGCAGGAGAUGGGGAUUCCAGAGCGCAUGCGGCAUUAUCUUCCCGAGGGGCUUUGAGGAGUUUCAGCCUUACCAUCUUCCCCAGAUAGUGAUGUGUGUGUGGUGUCGGAGUUUUGUGGAGAAUAGAAGGGGAUGACAUCACUUCAUCGUCAAUCACAACCACGUUCCUGGCAGACCCUGUAAAUACGAAUUCGCAGA